AUGACUGACCGCACCGCCUCUCAAGACCACCCCGACUCAUCCCAACAAGUCUUCCGCUUCCUGGAUCUUGCUGCCGAGAUCCGCAACGAGAUCUACUCAUUCGUGGUCGUCGGCGAAAACAGAGUGUACGACCUGGCCGUCUUCAUACCGCCCGCGAUUGCCAGAGCUUCCACGCAGCUCCGCUCUGAGUCGUUGCCAAUCAUAUUCGCGGAUGCGGAGUUUUAUGUGAACGUUGUCUCUAAUGUUCACGUCAGUCUGAACUGCUUGCAUUGCACAUGCUAUGGCUAG